UCUGAAACUGCCUUAAAGUUGUUUGUUAAAAUAUCUAAUACAGCAUUUUUGUUCUCUUUGUGAUGUUGUGACAUGGAAUAGAACCCAUAUCAUUCAUUUAACCAAUGAAGUGGUCCACUCAAGUUAGAAGCGUAUGACAUAUUCAGACCUGCAGCGAAUUUAUCAUACUGAUUUUGUAAUGUUUCCUAAAUUUGUCAUAUACGUGUUUGUGCAAUGUAGACUCUAGCUAUCCCACCUCAAGAUAUUUACCUCGUGAAAGAAUUUCAAAUGUGUCUAUCUCUUAAAAAAUAUGGGAAUGAGAUAUAUUCAGGGCGUAAAAAAGAUCACAACUUGAUGAUUUUUUGCCAAACUUCAUUCUUUAGUGGAACAUGCUUCUGACCAAGUCAUCAUGAAGAAAGCAAUGCAUGCUACAUUGUUUUAUACACCGAUUUCUAUGUACCAUGGAAAUGCUGCAGCAUAUCGGAAGUCCAUUAGUAUGCUUCAUGAUGCCCCUGCUCAUUUUUGUCGAGUUCAAUCUUUAAAGCAGGAACUAGGAAUUAAUGCAGAAACAUGGUGUCUUGGUGGUAAGAAUCAUCCUCCUUGGUUCAGUGUCGCUCCAAUGAUGGACUGGACAGAUAAUCAUUUUAGGACUCUUGUCCGCCUCAUAUCAAAUCAUGCAUGGCUUUACACUGAAAUGGUUGUGGCGGAGACAAUUAUUCAUCAAAAACAUAAUUUGAACAGGUUCUUGGCAUUCUCCCCAGAUCAACACCCAAUUGUUCUCCAGAUUGGGGGAAGCAACUUGGAGAACUUGGCAAAAGCUGCUGAACUUGCCAACUUAUACUCUUAUGAUGAAAUCAACUUGAACUGCGGGUGUCCCAGUGGAAAAGUCGCUGGCCAUGGAUGCUUUGGUGCACGCCUUAUGUUCAAUCCAAAGCUUGUUGGUCAAGCUAUGUCUGCUAUUGCUGCCAAUUCUGACGUUCCUGUUAGUGUCAAAUGCAGAAUAGGGGUUGAUGAUUGUGAUUCAUAUAAUGAACUCUGCGACUUCAUAUCUAUAGUUUCUUCUCUGUCACCCACGAAGCAUUUUAUCAUACAUGCACGGAAGGCAUUACUCAGCGGUUAUAGUCCUGCCCAAAAUCGGAAGAUUCCUCCUUUGAAAUACGAGUACUAUUUUGCCCUACUACGUGAUUUUCCAGAACUGCAGUUCACUCUAAACGGUGGCAUCACUUGUGUCAAUCAGGUUGUUGCUGCAUUAAAGCAAGGGGCAAGUGGCGUCAUGGUUGGUCGUGCUGCUUAUAAUAACCCAUGGUUUACUCUAGGACAUGUUGAUGCUGCAAUAUAUGGUGUUCGCUAUCAUGGAAAUUCUCGGCGUCAGAUCCUCGAACAAUAUCAAGAAUACGCUGACUCGGUUAUUGGAAAGUAUGGAUCUAAUAAACCAAAUGUUAGACAGCUUGUUAAGCCUCUUCUAAACCUGUUUCAUUCGGAACCUGGUAAUAGCCAGUGGAAACGCUCGGCUGAUGCUGCAUUAAGGCAUUGCAAUUCUGUGAAGUCUUUUCUGGAAGAAACAUUGGUCAACUUUCCCGACCAUGUCUUAGAUUCAACACUUGUGAAUGGUCCUCCAUCCAGCUGCGACCAGUUUGCACAUAUUGAUGAUGCCUUAUUGCCACCUCCAUAUAACAUAGAUCAAGCCCACGACACUUUAGCCUAUGCUGAGGACGAGGGAACAUUGCUUCAUUUUGUGUAAAACUGUAUUAAGAUAGAGAAAUAUAUACUUAGUUCAGUUACAAGUCAACCGAUGAGAUGAUUUUGCAGAAGUUUGAUAUGUAAAUGAGGUGAUGAUGAAUUUUGCAUGCUGAGUAACCAAAUUUUUGAGUACCCCACUUAGACUGGAAGGAAAA